CAAUUAUGCCUGCCCUAUCCCACUUUCCUAUAGCCUAUAAUUAUAUACCGCUGGUAGUGUAACACGCACAAAAGAAAGAGUAGCCCCUUCGAUCCAAAGUCUCUCAGUCCCUUCAUAAUCAAUCAACACUUCAACUCCGAAUCCUAGACAUCCUAGACACAGUUCAGUAUCACUACUGAUUCACGCUACUUCUGGCCAUGGCAAAAACCUUCCCAAAAUCAGGACUCAUCAUCAUUUUGUUUAGCGUUCUCUUUGCUUCAUCAGCCGUCCUUCUUCCUGUAGCAUGUCAACAGUUCUCAAGAAAAUUGUCCAGAAAAGAAAUGGGGUUGAAGAGGGAGAAGCUAAGCCACCUUCAUUUCUACUUCCACGAUAUUGUCAGCGGGAGAAAUCCCACCGCUGUUCGAGUCGCUGCAGCCACCACGACCAACUCUUCAGCAACUGGAUUUGGAGCUGUGGUCAUGAUGGAUGAUCCCUUAACAGCAGGUCCAGAUUCAAGCUCCAAACUUGUGGGGAGGGCUCAAGGGAUUUAUGCAUCAGCAGCUCAGGAGGAAUCUGGAUACUUGAUGGUCCUGAACUAUGUUUUUGUUGAAGGAAAGUAUAAUGGAAGCACCCUCAGCAUAUUGGGUAGAAACACUAUUCUUUCGACGGUAAGGGAGAUGCCUGUUGUUGGAGGAAGUGGGCUUUUCAGAUUUGCUCGUGGCUAUGCUCAGGCAAGGACUCACUAUUUUGAUCUCAAGACUGGGGAUGCUGUGGUGGAAUACAAUGUCUAUGUCAUCCACUAUUGAAUCUUGACAAAUUGGGAGUAUCUUUCAGGUAAAAUCAAGCACAAGAUGGAAAGCGACUACUAGCACAGCUAAUUGUUCAACACAUAAGGUGGAAGUUCCACUUCCACUACUGUCAAAUAUGCACUAGUGUGAUUUAUGACAUGCAUGAUGUUUCCAAUUGAUUGUUGCUUCUAUACUUUCUUGGAUUCUGUUUUUCCCGUCAAAUGCUAAGUGUUACUCAUUUCUUGGA